AUGGCGCCCAAGGCGCGCGCGGGCCAGAGGACCGCCAAGGACAGCAAGGCGAGCCAGGGCAACAACGACUCCGAGGCGAAGAUCCUGUGCGACGAGGCAGCCGGCCACCUCAAGACAGGCAACUACAAGAAGGCGCUCAGCGCCUACAACUCGCGAGGCAUGGCGGGCCAGCCGAGGAGUCCCUCGGCCAGCGAGCAGGUGCAGGGCAUCCUCAGCACGUCGCGCGACGCCGAGGUGCUGCAGAGCUUCCUGCGCGUGGACGCGGGGGGCGGAGUGGCGGAGGACAGCCCGAGGGCCCGCUCGCACGACGGCUCCAAGCCCCCCGGCGCCACCAGCUUCUCGCAGCUGACGCAGGGCCUGCACCUGCACGAGGGGCGCAGCCCCAGGAGGAGGAACAAGAAGGGCGGCGAGCGCCAGAGGCUGCAGGAGGAGGUGUACACGGACAAGGACCGCGCCGCCGCCGUGGUGAUGGGCAGCCGCGACAUCAAGCAGUCGCUGCGGCUCAAGAGGAAGCAGGACCGCAGCCGCGCGCUGCAGAUCCCCGCCGAGGCCGAGCCGGGCGCGCUGCUGGCGCUGGGCAGCCGCGAGAUGCGCUCGGGGAACGUGCGCAGCGCCAUCGGCUUCGUGCACAAGGCGCUGGAGCUGAACCCGGGCGACAAGAACGCGCUGGUGGCGCGCAGCAAGUGCUACCUGCUGCUGGGCGAGCCGCAGUUGGCGCUGCAGGACGCCGAGACGGCGCUGCAAGGCGACAAGAGCUUCAUCCGAGGCUUGUUCCAGAAGGCCGAGUCGCUGUACCACCUGGGCGACUUCGAGCACAGCCUAAUGUACUACCACCGCGGCCUGAGGCUGCGGCCAGAGCUGGAGAGCUUCCGGCUGGGCGUGCAGAAGGCGCAGGAGGCCAUCGAAAACACCAUCGGCAGCCAGAGCAAGGCGGCGGCGACGGCGGCGGCCAGGCCUCGGCCGCGGUCGACCUCGGGCUCGGGCUCGGGUUCGGGCUCGGACAGGGCCGAGCGGGCGCGCGGCAGCCGGCCGGCCUCCACGGCCAGCCAGCGACAGGCGCGCCACCUGCUCGGCGAGCUCAGCCUGGACAAGCAGUACCUGGAGCAGCUGCUCAGGCACCCCGAUAUCAAGACCUGCAGCAGUCAAGGAAAAACCAAUAACAUAGCAACUUUUGCGGAGGAAGGAAUUGCAUUUCUGAACAAUAGACAAGAGUUUUGGCGCCAGCAGAGACCAACCACAACUUCGAAGAAGACGAAAGAGCAUCAACAGACGACAAAAACUACCCAACUCGUACACUAACCAUUUGUUACCUGUUUUAUCCACUGUAUUGCUGAUCCGAUUAGCACUACAUCUGCAAAGUGAACGAAAUUAUUUUUUAACCGAUAACUUCGACACAUCUAUGGUGUCAGGGAGAUAACUAUCGUGUUUUCGACCGGAUUUCGAAUUAGCUUGUUCUAAUAGAGGAAUAGGGUAAAUUGUGCAACAGAACUUAAGAAGUCUUUAAAUAAUUCCCUCCAAAAGAGUGUAAUUCGAACACAAGUAAUGAUUAAAUUAAUCAAUCAUCAUUAAAAUGUUGCUGCCCAUGUUAAUUUUGUGUAUUAAUAAAUGUAGAUUUGGGUAAAUUUAUUUAGAUUUAUUAAUGACUGCGGUAUAUGUAGCAAGCAUGAAGAGACAAAAACGGGCUGUUUCAGAUUAAAUUUUAUGUUGUUGUUUGUUACAUUUAAAUAAUGUGUGUUCACAAUAAACUGAAAUUUUGAGAACGCAUCACACACUGCUUGCACCACACAUAUUGCAUUGUGACUCCAGCAACACACAUUCGAUACUAAUUACUUACUCGUGAAAACUAUUGUUAACAUUACAUGCUUACUCUGGUGAACAAUCCUCCUACUUCGAGUAUCAGUCGAAAAUUGUUUCUUUAUAUUGUUUGCUUUCGGCAUUCAUGUGGCACUACAUUUAAAAAAAAAAAAAAAACGUGGAAAGCUUUUAUGUGCGUCCUUUCACGAGGGUAGCAGCUUAGAAAUUAGAAUAUUAACAUAGCAGCUAGGUGUAGGUCAUUAUGACUAGUAUCAUUAAAAAGCUUAGUGUUGGCGUGCUUAAUUGAGUACGGAUAUUGAGCUUUGUUAUGAAGUUUAGUUUAAUGAGUUUUGUUAAGCAUACGGAGUCAUUUGAAUACUUUUUAAUCAAUGUAUUUGUAAACUUUGUCAGAAGAGACACCCCAAUAACAAUUUUUGCUUUAUUAAUCUAUUUGUAUUGUUAGAGAACAGAAUAAUUUCACUUGAUAAUUUAAAAAUUAAAUGUGAGAUGUAAGAAGUAAUAAAAGUUUAUCAAGUAGGUACCAGGGGCUAAUUCAUGGCGGGGGAAGGAGGGAAACCCACUUUUAUUUUUCUAAGAACCGAACCUUGCAAAAAAAAAUGGAAUGCUGUUUAUUAAUACCAACACAAAAACAUUUAUUAAAGGAUGUAUUGAAAAAAUGUUACGUAUCAUUAAUAAGAAAUUUAUCUGUGCAUUUUUCAAGAAAUUUAUCAACAUGAAGUUGACAACACUGCUUGGUAACGUUACUGUAUAUGGUGGAGUAUAUCUUUAAUGAGAAGUUUAUGCUUUUUUUCGAGGAGUUUCUCAAUAUGAAGUUGACAACACUGCUUGGUAACUAUAGUGUCCGACCAAGGGUGUCCAACAUAGUUUCGCGUGCUGUUAAAGUAAACAAGCAGC